AUGAAUAGGUCAUGGAAGCAGGGUCUCUUCUUAGGCAGACCUCCUACUGUGAGACUCACCUGGAGGCUCAUCACAUCGCCCCUGAAGACACACAAGCUGAUGGAGCCUGUGGAGAACCUGGAGGACUGGCUGUGUAAGAAGCACAACAAGCUGUUGGAGCUCUUCUGCAGGACCGACAAGACGUGCGCGUGUCCAAUCUGCCCGGAGACCGACCACAGGUUUCACUACUUCCUCAGUCUAGAGGACGAGUGUGAGGGGAGGAAGGUUCAGCUGGGGGUCGCGGAAGUCCAACAGCUGAUCCACGAGAGGGCGAAGAAGCUUCAGGAGAUCAAACUGUCGGUAGAGACCAGCAAGAGAGACUCCGAGAGGGAGAUCUCCGACAGCGUUGAGGUCUUCACGGCCCUGGUGCGCUCCAUAGAGAAGAGCCACGCCAAGCUCGUCGGGACGAUCACGGAGAAGCACAAGAAAGCCGAGAGAGAGGCGGAGAGGAUCGUCCACGAGCUGCGGGAGGAGAUCUCGGAGCUCAAGAGGAGGAACGAAGAGCUGGACGAACUCCUCCACACCGACAACCUCGUCCACGUCAUCCAGAGUUUCCCGACCGUGAGACCCCUCCACACACCGAGGACUGGUCUGGGGUCAGCGUCUACAGCGACCUGAGCGUGGGGGCGGUGAGGAGAGCUGUGUCUCAGCAGGAGGAGACCCUCGCGAUGGAGAUGAGGAAGCUGUGCCAAGCAGAACUGAGGAGGAUUGAGCAGUACGCAGUAGAUGAGACUCUGGACCCUGACACAGCGAACCCCUCAACUCAUCCUGUCUGAGGAUGGGAAGCAGGUUCGAUACGGGCAAAUGCGAAAGAGUCUCCCUGAGCUCCCUGCUAGGUUUGAUAGAGGUGUGAACGUGCUGGGAGAGCAGGGCUUCUCCUCGGGGAGGGUCUACUAUGAGGUGCAGGUGGAGGGGAAGACUGAGUGGGAUCUGGGUGUGGCUGCUGAGUCGGUCAAACGCAAGGGGAUGAUCACAUUGGA